GACGAAAUUUAAAUAAUGAUUUCGCAAGUGAAUUUCGCCCGACCGUGGGAUAUGUCCGGCAGUGGCAACGCUAAUUGUAAUAACGACAAUCAUCUUACAUCGUCUAAACUAGGCCUGGCUCCAUUACAAGCGAUCCGGUGCACGAUGCCUGCCUGCCCGUGCGAGUGUUUCCUACCGGGCAAACUGCAGCUGAGACAGUGCCAGACCUGCAAACACGGCUGGGUUCCACAUGCUCUGGAUAAAUUGGGAAUGAGAUCUGGAACGUUGAAUUCGUCUGCCAACGGUACGGGACCCGUGGAACCGGCCUUGCCCAACACAGUGUUUGACGUGGCCAGUUUGGCACUUUACGGCUGUCAUGCGUUGCCAAUCCGGCUCAAGAUCCUGCUCGACCGGCUCUUUUCCGUCCUGCCGCCCGAGGACGUCGUUCAAGUCCUCACCGGUUUCGGAUGGUCCCUCGAAGAUUACGCCAGAGGUUACAUCUUACAAGACGGACAGGGACGACCGGUUGAAGUGUGGAGCAUUUGCGGAAGGGACGAAGAGCCGCUAGUUCUCCAACAGUUCCUGAGAUUCGGCGAGACUCGAGUCAUCGCAUCGCGGAUCCUCCAGCAACAGGAAAACGAGACGAAAACAUGCGCAGCUGCAGCGGCGGCCGCUUCGUCGGCUUCGUCCGGCGCGGAUCAACAGCAGCAGCAGCAGCAGCAGCGCAGGAUGCCGACAACGACGACGACGACGACGGCCAACAACAACAAAGAAACCUCGGCCGAAAGAGAGCAACAGCAACAGCAACAACAACAACAGUUGAAACUCAAUUCGGAGAUCAAGGAAUUUCUGAAGAAAGCGCAGCAAAAUCCGCAGGCGGCCCUGGCCGGCAUGUUGGGCCAUUCGGGUCUGCCGGCCUUUGUCAAUCCGCUCAAUUCGUUGUCGUUUCCUUUCAUUCCCGGACUGACUGGGCCGGCCGGCCCGCUGAAUCACCUGCCCCGCUUGCCGCCCAUGAUGAACCUGCCUCCUCCGCCUCCACCUCCACCAGCGGCACCUCACCAGUCGACGUUGCCGCGACUGCCCACAGCCGCCGUCCAGCCGCAACAGCACAGUCCGCCCGUUUCAUCGAUCUCCAACAACAGCCACGCCGCUGGUCUAACGUCCAGCAACAACAACAACAACAACAACAACAACAACAACAUGCAGGCCGUUUCGUCUUCUUCUUCGGCUUCGGCUUCGGCUUCGGCUUCGGCUUCGGCUUCCUCCGCCGCAGCAGCAGUAGCAGCAGCAGCAACGAUGGCGCAGAGUCCGCUAGGCCGGCUGCAAGGCAUGCAGCCGUUCGAUUUCCGAUCGGUAGUUCAACAAACGGCCAAGGAGCGCUGCAGUCGCAGUCCGGAAUCGAAUCGCAUCCGCCUGACUCCGCCUCCGCUCUCCUCCUCCGCCUCAUCGGCGGCCAACAGUUUGAAUUUGAAGAGCCUCCAGUCUCUGACGGGCACGCAUCACGCGCAACAGCGCUCGGCCGUCUCGCCGCUGUGCCUGACCAACAAAGCGGCCGAUGUCCAUCAGCAGCAGCAACAGCAGCGCCACAGGUCGCGCUCGGCGUCGAGCAGCAGCAGCGAGCUGGACUGGGACGAGGACGACAUGAUGGACGACAGCGACAUGUACGACAGCGGGACGGCCCCGCAGAACGCGCUCAACUUGACGCGCAAGAACAGCGGCGGCGGCAUGCAUGCCGGCCGCCGCCACCACCACCACCACCACCAUCACGGCCAGCGCAGUCGGCCCGAGAUUUCCGACUCGCUCAGCGAAGCCGAACGCACCACCAUGAUGCGCAGGCCGGCCAAGUCGUCGGGCUCUCACAGUGGCGGCGGUGGUCAAGGCAGCAGCGCAGGAGGACAAGGACAAGGCGGGUCGUCGUCGAUGAAACGCAGCUGGAAUCCGCUUGGACCGCUGGGCACGCAGCUCAUCAAUCCGGCCACGGGCAAGAAGAGGGUCCAGUGCAACGUGUGCCUCAAGACGUUCUGCGACAAGGGCGCCUUGAAGAUCCACUUUUCGGCCGUGCACCUGCGCGAGAUGCACAAGUGCACGGUCGACGGGUGCAACAUGAUGUUUAGUUCGCGACGCUCCCGCAACAGGCACAGCGCCAACCCCAACCCCAAGCUGCACAGCCCGCACCUGAGGCGCAAGAUAUCGCCGCACGACGGGCGCACGUCGCAACCGCACCCGGCCCUCGGAUCGCUCAUGUCUCACGUCCAGCACGCCGGGGGGGCUCACGCAGGGGCGGCUGGUUUCGCCGGCCUGACGCAUUUGCCCCCGCUCGGUGCCGCAAUGCACGCGCAUCACGCGUUGAUGGGGCCGGACGGUUUCGGCAAGGCCGGCGCACUGGGCGGUGGUGAAUCGCAGCACAGGGAACGUUCCGUUUCGUCCAUGUCGUCGUCGGGUGGCGGCCAUGGAGGCGGAGGAGCAGGAGGAGGAAUGGGCGGAGGAAUGGGCCACGAUGGCGACGUGAUUAAAGGUCGUAAUUAUUACGCGGCUUCUUCGGACGACCUGGACGACGACCUGGACGAUCUGAGCAGUCUUGACGAAGGCGAGGAAGGCGGCAACGCGGCCAACCACAGGCUGGAUCACGUCAUGGCCGGCUCGUUCCAUCAUCACCAAGACGAGGCCGGUCACAACAACGCGUCGUCUUCCCCCAAACAACAAGUACAACAACUACAACUACAACUACAAGCUGGACAACAACAACAACAAGCUGGACAGCAGCAACAAGCUGGACAACAACAACAAGUUGGACAGCAGGGCGGAGCGGUGCGCAAGCGCAAGAGCCAGAACCCGACGCGACUGUUCCAGCAACAGCAGCAAGUGGCCGACGCUUACCUGUCGGACAACGACGGCGGACGUUCGGACGCGUCGGACCAGUCGGCCGGCGGAUCUUCUUCGGGCCACGGCAGGAUCAAGACGGAGGUGGAGAGCUUCUCGCGCGGGCGAGUGGACCACUCGCCCGCCGCUGCUGGUUACCGGACGGACGAAGAGGCGGACGACGAUGACGACGCCGAUGACGGCCAGGAUUCAAAAAACGGCGGGUUGUCCGCUGCUGAAACAAUGGCCCAGCAGCAGCACUCGAGGGCCGCGCGUCGCCAACGUCAAGACUCUGGGACCGAAAUGGCCGAGCUGGACGCUGCUGCUCGCGCUCAAUCGGACCCGUCGUCGGCCCCGCCCACGCCACUGAGCGGCGUGGAAAUGGGCGACGUGACGGGCGUGGACGCUGAUCGACUCGGCUCGAUCCGGCCCUACCCGCUGGACGCGGACGACGAGGACGACGACGAGGACCUGGUGGACAGCCUGACGGGCAGCCCGCGCUCUGACUGCGACUCGUCGAGCGUCCCGCUGGACAAGGAGAAUCCGCGGAGGUGUUCGGCUUGCGGCAAGGUCUUCCAGAACCAUUUCGGCGUCAAGACGCACUACCAGAACGUCCACCUGAAGCUGAUGCACCGUUGCACGGUCGAUGGAUGCACGGCGGCUUUCCCGUCCAAGCGCAGCCGCGACCGGCACGCGCACAACUCGAACCUUCACCGCAAACUGCUGUCGACGGACACGACGACGGCCUUCCACGUCGGCGGCGGAGGAGGCUCCCCGCUGGCCUCGCCCGUCGCCUCCCCGACGCUGGCCAUGACCCCGACGACGCCCACCACGCCCACGGCCAAAAUGGCACCGACGGCGGCUUCGUCGGCCGGCCAGCCGGCCGGGGACGUUUCGGCCGCUGAUUUUUCGCUGCACCAGUUCUCGUCGCUGCGCGACGAAUUCCUCAGCCGCAUUUAUGCCAACGCCGAAGCGCACGGCAUGAUGCACGGACUGGCGCCUUUUCUAGCCAAUCCGCACCACCACCACCACCACCACCACCAGCACCAUGGCAACAAUCCAAACAGCUUCUUGUCGGGCCUGCAACAGUCGGCCGCCGCGGCGGCCUUCCUGUCGGCGGCCGCUGCGGCCGCUAGCGCCAGCGCCAGCACCAACGCCAACGGUGCGCCCAACGGCCACAAUCAUCAUCGUCAUCAUCAUCAUCAUCAUCACGACGUGCCGAUGAACGGCGUCGCUUUGGCCAAUCAUCACAACAACAAUCAAGUCACCAUCAACGGCAAGGCGGCGUCGGUGAGGGACAGCUCGGCUUCGUCGCCGCCCCACCGGCCCAACUCGGCGUCGCCGUCGCCGCCAUCGGCCGCCUCGUCCAUGGCGCUCAGGACGUCCGUCUGAAAUGUUGAAUUUUUGAUCGAGGCGUAUUUUAUGAAAUCAUCACAUCAAAAUGAGGACAAAUAUCCGGCUUUUCUCUCUCGUUAACGGACCCACUUUUCAUUUCAUUCUUUUUUUUUUUUUUGGUUUUUUUUGGGGGGUUUUUAUUCAAUUGUGUGUACAUAAAAGAGGAAAUAGUUGGGCCGUCGUAGUCCUACAAGAUCCGGAUUCCAUUUUUUUUUUUAAGGAAGUGCGUGAGGGAAAUUUUUGAGCAAAUUCCUUUGCGUCAGAUAGAAGGGGAAAAGAGAGAGAGAGAGAGAGAGAGAGAUUUAAAAAAAAAUG